AUGUUCAAAACCAUUCGUAAAGUGCCAUUAUGGCAGAUCCAAAAAAUCAAUUUUAGUGUAUCCACCCAAUGCCGAGAAUCAUUUAAAGUUCAAGAUUUAAAUGACUUCAAUGAGCGUGUGAAAAACAGCAAGAAACCUGUUAUAGUGGACUUCUUCGCUACAUGGUGCAACCCUUGUAAGGCUCUUACUCCUAGAAUAGAGAAUGUAAUUGCAGAGACAAAGGGAGAAGUUGUCCUAGCCAAAGUGGACAUUGAUGAAAAUUCAGAACUUGCUCUUGAUUAUGAUGUGGGCUCAGUUCCUGUCCUUAUUGCUAUUAGAAAUGGAAAAGUCGAAGAGCGACUUGUUGGACUGCAAGAUACUGAUAAAUUAAGAAAAUUUGUUGAUAAAUUUGCUAGCCAAAAAUAG